GCUUGCCCAUUUUCCAUCCUCUUUCCUUUCUCAUUGUCUCCGGUUCCCCGUGUUAUUGCCCAUCAUGUCUGGCCAGCAGUGUCUCCGCCGUCUACCCGUCGCCAUGCGCUCUGUCUCAGCUUUGCGCACCAGUGCGAGAGCCGUGAGCAAAACACCAGCUACACGCAGCUACUCUGCCAUCUCACGGGCGACUUCCUCUGGCCUCAUGAGCCAGGCUGCGAGACGGCCUGGACAGCUUUCGUCACAACGCCUAUGGAGCCUCGAGCAGACGCGAAGCUAUGCCGAUACAACGGUCAAGGUGCCGCAGAUGGCCGAGUCCAUUACGGAAGGAACCUUGAAGCAAUGGUCAAAACAGGUCGGCGAUUACGUUGAGCAGGACGAAGAAAUUGCUACCAUCGAGACGGACAAGAUUGACGUUUCCGUGAACGCGCCCGAAGCUGGUACCAUUAAAGAGUUCCUGGUCAAUGAGGAGGACACAGUCACCGUCGGACAAGAUCUCGUGAAGAUGGAGCCGGGCGGCGCGCCGUCGGGUGGAAGCAAGCAGGAGGCGAAGGAAGAGACAAAGGAACCUGCCUCGAAAGAGCAGGAGACUUCGUCACAGCCCUCAGGCGAACAGGAACAAUCUAAGCCAGCGGAGGAGAAAUCUGAGGCGCCGAAGCAAGAGUCCAAGCCGGAACCUACUAAGCAGGAGUCCAAGCCCCAGCCUCCCAAACAAGAGCCGAAGUCUCAGCCACCGAAAGAAGAGUCAAAGCAGGCUCAGCCCGGCAACCGGGAGGAGCGUCGUGUCAAGAUGAACCGCAUGCGCCUCCGCAUCGCCGAGCGCUUGAAGCAAUCGCAGAACACGGCCGCCUCCUUGACCACGUUCAAUGAAGUCGACAUGUCCGCCAUCAUGGAGUUCCGCAAACUCUACAAGGAUGAGAUCCUCAAGAACAAGGGCGUCAAGCUCGGUUUCAUGUCCGCCUUCUCUCGCGCCUGCAUCCUCGCCAUGCGUGAUAUACCCGCUGUCAAUGCUUCCAUCGAAGGCCCGAACGGUGGUGAUACUAUCGUCUAUCGCGACUAUGUUGACGUAUCGGUUGCCGUUGCCACCGAGAAGGGUCUUGUUACACCUGUUGUUCGCAACGCAGAGAGUCUGGAUUUGGUGGGUAUUGAGAAGGCAAUCGCAGAGCUGGGCAAAAAGGCGCGCGAUAACAAACUCACGAUUGAGGACAUGGCUGGUGGCACAUUCACCAUCUCAAACGGCGGAGUCUUCGGAAGCUUGAUGGGCACUCCAAUUAUCAACCUCCCGCAGACGGCUGUUCUUGGUCUCCAUGCAAUCAAGGACAAGCCUGUGGCCAUCAAUGGAAAGGUGGAAAUUAGGCCGAUGAUGUACCUCGCACUCACAUACGACCACCGACUUCUUGACGGCCGGGAGGCUGUUACCUUCUUGGUAAAGAUCAAGGAGUAUAUUGAGGACCCCCGAAAAAUGCUGCUCUAGUUUCCCUCAUUGGGAUCUUUGAAUCUAUUUGUAUAUCCCCGUGUAGGGCUGUUUGCCGAAGGAUGAUGCGUGCGUGCAAGGGAGAGGGGUCGGGAAUGACCGGGCUGGGAUUUGGUUCUUGUAUAUGCGUGGAAUGGAUUGGCUUGCAUCAGCUCGAGGACAAAAGUGGUCGGUGUAUGAUUAGGUAGUUUAGCGCAUAAUGAGCGUUCUACAUACUCUCUUUAUCAGCUGAUUUGUUGUGCGUUGUGCAUGUCCAAAAUCAUCUUCCUUUGUUCCGCGUUUAGCAUGUAGUUGAAUUUCUGGACGAUGAAUAUAUUGC